AUGCGUAUUUUAAACGUUGCGGAAAAAAACGAAGCGGCGAAAAAUAUCGCAGCAAUACUUAGUCAAGGGCGAGCUACCAAGGUAUACACACUUAGUAAUAUACAUUAUUUCUAGAGAGAAGGUCUUUCAAAAUUCAAUAAAAUCUAUGAAUUUCCCUGCCGAGUGAACGGCCAUGAUUAUCAUUUUGUUAUGACAUCGGUUUCGGGACACCUACUUAAUUAUGAUUUUACCCAGUGUUUCCGAUCUUGGUAAGCGAGCAUUCUGAGUCAACCAUUUUAGGCAAUCAUGUGACCCCGCAGUUCUGUUUGAGGCUCCGAUUGAAAAGAAAUGCUCUCCUGACCUAGAACCUAUUAAGGUAUGUUUAAUUUUGAUUGCCUGCCGUUAAGCUCCCUCAAAGUCGAUGGAUCCCUCUGCUCCCAAAAAGGUUUUGAUUAAAUUGUGUCUAUUAGAAUAGACUGCCCAAUAUAUUCGGAAGUUUGAUUUAAAUUAACCGACACCCCUCUAAUAAGGCUUGUGAACACCCUCCCCUAAAACCAUGUUCGUUCUGCAUCUCAGUUUCUUAAGUUCAUCCCUCCGUAUGCUUCUAUCGUCACAGAUCUGGUUACGUUAUUUUCACUGCUACUCCACGUCACUUGAUCUCCGUAGUUAAACUCAACGCUCAGAGGCACACUUUACCUCAAGAGCUAACCUUGCCGAUUGUCUGACCGCUAAUCGAUAUUCGUCCUGGCCCAUCAUAGCAAAAGCAUUUCGUGUUAAAUUUGCCAUAGACAGAAAGCAAAUAUGCUCCGAACGGGUAGUCCACUUCACUAAAAGACAGGUGGUCCGAGCCCGGUUGAGAUAAGACAUGGGCGUCAUUACGAAAGAUACGGGUUGUUGGGAACAGCGACCACCCCUAUCAUAUUUCUGUCGGCACUCCGCUGUUAUCUUGGCCUGACCGGGUUCCUACCUGAUAACUGUUUUCCUGUUAGUAACCCACGACCCUAGUCAGAGGUCAUUUAGGCUGCAAAGACAACAGACUGACGCGUGCUUACCUUUAAUGACUGUUAAGGUAGUUUCAAGAUAAACGGCAAGCUUCAACUCAUGUACGCUAUGCACGUUAGAAUUUAGGAACGGUAUGGCGCAGGUAUUUGAUAUUUUGGCAGUGUUUGGUACUGAACUCGUACCUUAUUGUUACACAUAAUCGGUACACCAUCGCCACUAUUUUCAUUUAAAAUUUUAGUCAAAGAUGCCAGUGAACAGAAAUUUUCAUUCUUGACAGGCCUAGUAAAUAUAUUAUUUUUAUAUAGACCAUGCGUCUCUUAGUCUGUUAAUAUCUGUUUGGCAUCCCACUUUUUUUUUAAAAAAACCUAGCUUCCCUUGCUCCGUUUGUAAGCGCAUCAAUGCUGUCUUUGUCCGCCACGACUACGUAUUUUCGCGUCUCUACCGCGAACAUCCUUGAAUGUUGAAGGCCUCAUUUUAUUGCCUGUACCUAGCGUACACUACAGCGUGAAGUUCGCCAUUGCACCAAACUCAUUAUUUGGACGGAUUGUGAUCGUGAAGGAGAAAAUAUCGGCAUGGAGAUCGUCACCGUAUGCCAAGAAGUAAAGCCUUCAAUCCUGGUGUCCCGUGCUAAGUUCUCCGAAAUAACCCCGCACGCUAUUCAUCAGGCCAUAAACAACUUGACAGUGAUGGAUGAGAAUAUGAGUCUAGCUGUAGACACUCGCCAAGAGCUCGAUCUUCGUAUUGGUGCUGCUUUUACACGAUUCCAGACUCUCAGGCUUCGACGGGUUUUUCCUCGCGCUCUGGCAGAACAGCUGAUAUCGUAUGGUUCGUGCCAAUUUCCUACACUGGGUUUUGUUGUCGAACGAUUUCGUGAGGUGGAAAAUUUCGUCCCUGAGCCCUUCUGGAAAAUUGUCGGUAAGCUUCAUUCUAUUGCCCUACUUCCAUCACUUACUUUAGCACACUUCAACCGACAAAACACGCAAACAAGUUUUGCUUGGAAGCGGUAAGACAGCGUUAGCGUCCUUCAUCAUUUGAUUGUAGAGGUCGGCUGUUUGACCGUGACUGCUGUUCCGCCUACCAUCAACAUCUUCUAGAGGUAACCGAGUUUCGUCCUAUACACGAUCUCUUUACAGAAUCCAUUUGGCCAAGUUAUUGAUGUUCAGCAGCGUCCAAAAUCCAAAUGGCGACCGUUGCCGAUGGACACUGUCGUAAGUCAGAUUAGAAGUCUUUUAUUCAAUCUGCGGCGGAUAUUGUCAAUUAUACGAACCCGUAGGCUAUUGUUUAUUUUUUUUCGUAAAAUGCAGCCUGGUCAGUCUAGACCUCGUGAAACUGUUUUUUUUUCAGGCCAUCAAAGCGUUUCCUUAACUCGUACAUCAUGGACACGAAAAGUGUUGACAUAAAAGAUCUUUUGCCAUGUCUGUGCUGUUCGGCAUGUCCAAUCGCUCUGAAGCGUUAUAUUCAAGUUUGUAGGGCGUCUUCUUAAUCAACCACUAUGUGUUAUCAGUGCGUGUCUGACUGCUUGUAAAAAGUCCACUUGUCGGAUUUUUUUAUCGUUUAUGAGUACUUGGCACUUAUCACUUUCACUCUCACUGCCGACUUCGCUGUCUAUUGAAUUUUCUUACGUCAUUUCGGUUGACCGUUUUAGGAGAUGGAGAAACUGGCCGCUCGCAAAUUGCGCAUCGGUGCUAAACAGACCAUGCAACUGGCUGAGAGUCUCUAUACGCGCGGUUUCAUUUCAUAUCCGCGCACAGAAACGAACAUAUUUCCUGCCGAGUUGGACCUUGUUCCCUUGGUUCAGGCACAAAUUGAAGACUCGCGGUGGUCAGGUACGUAGACAGUGUUACGAGGCACCAUGUUUUGCACUGUCUCCUGGCAUCAUCCGGUUUCUACCGCCUGGACAGCCAGGCACCCUGGCGUCUGGACUUUUACAAAUUAGAAUUAUUUAUUCAUUUUUACCAACAGCCUUUGCACAGAAUUUAUUGGCCAGUGGUCUCCGACCUCGGGCUGGUAAGAAAUCGGACAAGGCCCAUCCGCCCAUCCACCCACUCAAAUGCGGUUCUGCCCUCCAGGCAAGUCCUGAGAUAAUAAUGGUUUACUUUCAAACUGAAUGAAAAACAAGUAAUUGUAGCAUACUUUGAACAUUGCAGGGCGCGGACGCCCGUCUCUUCGAACUGAUUGUUCGCCACUUUCUCGCCUGCCUUUCUGAGGAUGCGAAAGGUGCAGAAACAGCGGUGACAAUAUGCUUAGGAAGUAAUGAGCCACCCACACGUCGACUAAACAGCGAGGAUGGCGAACUGUUUGAGGCAAAGGGACUCGUCAUUCACGCCCGCAACUACCUGGAUGUGUACGUUUAUGAGAAAUGGAGCGAGCGAGACAUGCCGGAAUUCACUUUGGCUGAAAACGUUACUCCAAGAGAAAUUCAGGUACUUUCACAAACUCUCACUUCAACUCGUCCUUUUUAUCUUCAAGUCCGAAAAAGUCCUGCGGUCACCUCUCUCAUCCGUUAGCCCAGACUAAAUUCCAAUCAUGCAACUGCACAAUAAAAUCUCACGAGAGACAUUGCGACUCUUUAGUCCUAAUGAUUAGUAUGGCUGUCUAGGCGUUUAUCUUAACGUUUAGCCACAACUGACCCGGCUGCCGAUGCGCUGGCCCAAAUCGAGGAUCACACUGGUUCACGGCACACGUUUAUUGGGCAUCGCAGUCCGCGUUCAAUUCCCUCGUCGGUUGACAAGCUCGGACAGUCGGCAGGUGCCUGAGAGAUGGAAGGGUGAGUACAGCCGACGUUGGGGAAUCCAUCCUCACGGCAAAUCAACACAUUCCUCAUUAUAGCCGAUCUGACGGACGCGGAUUUAUCACGAUCCGCCAAGAGUCGUGAUUUGGAAGGUUGCCAUUUGACCCUUGUAAGAUCCAUGAUCCGCAUAACUGCGGUCAUAGGGCAGUUCAGCCGAGCGCCUUGACUCAGCUCUACCAUGGGAACUCGAUGCUUGUGCGAGGAGAAAGAAAAUAGGGUCUGCGCUGUGUAUUUCACUCCGUGGAUUAUUUUUGAGGUGAAAGUCUAAACAAUUCUGCCCAACCUCUGCGGCAGGUCUCUCUACAUAAUAUUUAGUCCAUACGUGGUUCACCACCGGACUAAGGUGGUAAUGGUCGUCGUUAUCGUCUUCCGUACAGUGAAUGACGGAUCUCUUGAAAUGUUGGCUGAAAUUCUGAAAUGCGUUUUCGAUUGGGAAGGUUUACUUGGGCGCCGUUCUGGUACUGAUUAUCUUGCGGCAUAAUCCUAUAGCAUUUCAGACUUGGCAGGAUGUCAGUUUUGGAAUACACUGCUUUCCAAUCGCCUGUAGAAACCGCACUCGGUAAAAAAAUGACUACUUAAGUAGCAUGCGCUUGUCCCGUUGAUUUUCGAUGGUCUUGCAACUUCAAAUGUAUUUUAUAGUAAAUACAAAUAAAAAUAUACUUUCUUUCAGUCGUUUGAUGGGGAAUCACGCCGUCUUUAUAUUUUAUACUUGAAGAAGUAGUAUACUUAGGUGUUAACAAAGUUUUCUUAUUCCCGAAUAAUUCGGACCCUGAUCAGUCGUUGCAUUAGUGCAUAGUGAUUUCAGUCUAUAAGAUGCAUGCGUUCCCCAUAAAUAAAAUCGCACAUUCUCCCAUGCCUUUAAGCAAAUACUAUAUAGAGUCCAUAAAAUUUUGCAACGGAUGCGGUUCAUGUCGUACAUUUCAUGAGGAGCAGUGAUAAACGUACAGGUACGAUUCUGCUUGAAUAAGCAUUGCACGGUCUUAAGCAUUCUCAUCUUAAAAACAUUUUUAACACCCAAUUGUACUCCUUCCUCGAGUAUAAAAUAUAAAGACGGCGUGAUUCCCUAUCAGACGACUGAAAGAAAGCAUAUUUUUACUCUUAGUUACUAUAAAAUAUAUUUGAAUUUGAAAGACCAUCGAAAAUCAAUAGGAAAAAUGCAGGCUACUUAAGUAGUCGUUUUUUUACUGACUACGGUUUCUACAGGAGAUUAAAAGGCAACAAAUUCAAAAGCUUACAUCCAGCCAAGUCCGAAAUAUUAUAGGAUUGUGUUGCAAGAUAAUCAGUACUACAACCGCGCCAAGUAAACCUUCCCAAUCGAAAACGCAUCUCAGAACCUCAGCCAACAUUUCAUGAGAUCGGUCACUCACUGUAGGUUCUUCAUUAUUGAUAAUCUGCAGAGCUCUCUUAGUGGCUGAAGACGGCUAAUUUUUUUCUGCUGUGACGUUUUAGAUGAUUGAAAGCCAGACAACAGCACCUAAUCUUCUGACCGAGGCUGAUCUUAUCGGCCUAAUGGAUAGGCACGGCAUCGGGACUGAUGCUACCCAUGCCGAGCACAUUGAAACCAUCAAACAACGCCUGUACGUCGGCCUGCAGGACAACAAGUUCCUGGUGCCCGGGCAACUUGGCAUGGGCCUGGUCGAGGGUGGGUUCUUAUUAUCUUGCCAGGCAAACGCUUUGGUGUUCACAGCGAAAAAGUCUUCAGUUCUUGUAUCCAUUGUUUGGUAACCCGAACUUAGAUUUUAUAACGCCAUAGGUAUAUAGUCAUAACGGUUUCCUCUUCUUCAUCGUUUUCCGACGGGGGCCUUACGUAUACUUGGUGCGGCUGUGAUCAUGCCUGAUCCAGCCGGCCUCAAUUAUGUCACGUACUGUACCUCUCCACGCGUGACGAUUUGCGGCAGUGGAUCUGGAGACUUCGAGCCAUGGUCUUCUCUAGCGAUGGCCAGGGGUGGCCGGAAGCAGUAUGAGACUGAAAUAGCUACCUCCGUCGAACAGGCCUCGAACGUUGGUGACACUCGAGAACUCCACCAACUUCUCCACUAGGUUAGCGGUAAGCCCUCUGCACAUGAGUGAUUCUGUCGGCGGCAUGAAUGGCGGCUUUAUUGCUGACAACUCGGCCAAAGUCUAGCGCUGUCGUGAGCACUUCGAGCACCAUCUCACCUUCAAUACCCAACCCACCUUGCCCUCCUCUGCAACGUCGUUCCUCCCAACUUAUGCAGUGCCAUGCGAUCCCCCUUCUAAAGUAUAAGUUGCCGAUGCCAUACGAAAGUUACGCAACAAUAAGGCACCCGGAGAGAACGGUAUACCCACUGAAAUCUACAAGUCUUAUGUCGACACUCUGGCGCACUGGCACCGUGAGGUGAUUGAACAAGCGUGGCGAAACGAGGUCGCUCCUGAUGACUGGGGCUUAGGCAUCCUUGUACCUAUCCUCAAGAAGGGAGAUAAGACCAGGUGCGAGAACAACCGCGGCAUAAGCCUCAUCGGUGUUACAGCGAAGGUCUUCGCCAUUGUCCUACUCAAGCGAUUCCAGGCUGUGCGUGAGUCCAGGACGAGGCCCAACCAGGCCGGAUUUCGUGCUGGACGUGGAUGCGCGGACCAUGUGUUCACACUACGGCGCACUCUCGAAUUUCGCCAUAGCUACCAGCAACGGACGGUCGUCUGCUUUGUUCACUUUGCCGCCGCGCUCUAUGGCGGAUAAUGGCGCCAAAUGGUGUACCGCCAAAAAACAUCGCCAUGAUCAAAGUCUAUUAUUGCUCCACCACCACGCGAGUCCUGGUCCGCAACAGUCUUUCCCAACCGUUUGGUAUUCGAUCAGUUGUUCGACAGGGUUGUACCCUGUCGCCCAUUCUGUUCAACUACACUGUUGACGGGAUUCUUGGGAGGGCUAUACACGAAGGUGACGGACACCCGGACACCGACUGACUGAUAUCGACUGCCUAUGAUAUCGCCUUACUUGCUUCAAGUUUUCGUGAUCUGCAGUCUAUGGUGUCACGGACGAACAAGGUUGCUAAGUCGGUUGGUUUAUCCGUAAACGCUGGGAAGACUAAAGUGUUUUCAAGCUGCAUCCCUCACCAGGAAAAGGCACCCCUCGGGGUUGACGGCUGUCAACUUGACGAAAUAGACGGUUUUAAAUACCUCGAGGCGAGGCUGCUGCCGAACGACCAGCGUAAGGAUGACAGUGUCACCCGGACUGAUGCUGUCCGACGGGUUUUCUCAAGCCUUAUGGAUCCAAUGCGACCUCUUCAUCGCCACCAAGAUCCCGUGUAUCGUGCGUCUGUGCGGUCUGUCUUUCUUUAUGGUUGUGCUGUCUCAAAUGAGACAGUCCCCGCUCGUCGCGACAACAUUGCAAGGAUAACUCAGGUUAUUCAAGAUAGACGACUGAGGUGGUUCGGGCACGUUGUCCGUCGUCCACCUCAGGAGCUUAGUGUUACUGCCCUCGAUCCAGCACCGUUACCUCAUUGGAGGCGUUGAACAGGGGUCAACAAAAAACCUGGCUCGACACAGUUCGUCAAGACAUAGAGUUAGUUCGUGGAUCCUCAGUAUUCGGUCUUCGUCGUUGACUAAGAGAAUGAGUUGAACUGUCCAGAUCUGCUGUCGCGGAUCGUCACGCGUCGAGAGGCACAGUUCGGACCAUCAUGGAGACCGGCUAGAUCAGACAUGAUCGGAGCUGUACCGAAUUCCAAGUAGUACCAACGACAGAGACUGAAUACCGAAGGUUGAAGAACCACUUCCAUGUCUUGGUGAACCGUGUCGAACUAGGCCGUGAGUUGACCUCAUCGACAUCACCAGGGCAUCGCCGAAUACAGUGUCUUGGGCCCUUGUAGAAUAUCGUUGGGGUUCUGCGUUUAUUUCGAGGUAUCUGAAAUCCUUGUGGUGGAGGACGGUUCGAGGUAACCUUUAUCACGUAUCUAGCACGGUCCUUGAAUGUGACAGAGAUAAGCGCAUUCCACAAGUACAUCCUCAGCAGUCUCUUCCUCAAUUACAGUUAAGGCCAUCCACCUUGUCAAUCACGAGCCUUAGUUUCCGUCUGCCUGUGGUUAGAUUUGGUAGGGAGACCCCGACCUAUGGGGACGGCGAGUCUUCUUCCGACUAUAGGAUCGCUGAUGUCCUCGAUGUUUCCAAGGGCGCCUUCGCAGUUACCUCCCCUGCCUGACCCAUUCAUAAAGUCCGUCCAGUCGUAGCGUUUCCACUCACUUUCUGGCAUGACACUGUCGGCAUCUAAGGGAGCGAAUAUCAGCGUAGAAUGCACCACCCCCUCAUCUUCUGCUCUUGGAUACGAUGACACAUUGUCAGUGGCGUGGGCGGGAACAAAACGCCAAUUACUUGUUGGCGUCAAAGAACAUUAAAACAACUGAUCUGUGGAAGGCGAAAAGUAGCGGAAAUGACUCCUCAAUUGUUGUUUUGCAGUUUACUAGGUCUAGUUUUUGAACUCAAAUCAUUAGUUUUUAAUCGGUAACCAUACGCCAGCAAUGCGACUCAACCCAAUUUGGUGUAAAUGUCUUCAAUAUUUGACGAGGUUGAGCGAAAAAGGGAGGGAGGAGGUAGGACGUUGGAGUUUCACCUUUGUGGCUUGUGGAGAUUGUGUCACAACUAAAUCCAACUUGUGCCUGUAUGCGUCUCAGACAACUCUGAAUGGAUCUGCCAUCUUUGCUGAAGCUCAGAAUAGCCGUAGAAGGCUUUCAAACGUGGGCGAAACGCAGCUGCCAUUGCUUUUGUUGUUCGACCCUGAAGGUGAUAGCCUGUUACUCUAUGCAUAUACCGCCAACACGGCGGCAACCCGUUCAAAACUCACCCGUUUUCGCACAAACUUUUUUGAGCGGAUUAGGUUUGAUUGAGAUCUUGUUGUUUAGAAAAGUGUCACUUUCGCCAUUUCUACUGCGGUGAUGUUGUAUGGUUUGUCUCCUCAAUGGUUAGCGGGGUCUGAUUUCAUAUGCCAAGUGGGCUGGCUCAUGAGCUUGCACUCUAGUGCCGCAUGGAAUAGACAGUGCGGCUUACCGACCUUGUUGCUACGGGAAACGCAUCAGUAUGUUAGUAUGCUCCUGCAGUAAAAGUAGCCCAGGAUCUUUUACUGCCUAAUCCGACAGUUUGACCGUCGUUCCCAACGAUGUCUACCGUGUGCUUCACAGCAAUGUGAGAACAGGGAAGGUGACUUGUGUAUAAAUUAGUUUAUAGUGGUAGUAAACUUGCGCUGCAUCUACCGCACUUUCUCGUCCUCCCGCCCCACCUGGGCCGGGUGUCAAGACAGAGUCAGGCAGACCGAAGGCGGGGGAGGCCGCAGGUGGAUGACAAGGUCGAGCCCGCACCUUGGCGUUCCACUCCACACUCUCUGGUCCAUACAGUAAGUGACCAGGCUUUUGACCAUCAAAAACAAUGGGGGGGGGGUGGCAGGGGCCCUAUUGUGCGCGAUGAUUGCCGACAAGCGGGUAUGCCACCGCGCCACCGAAAUGCUGGCAUUUUUUAUGGUGAGCAAUCUGAUAACGCCUGUCCGAGUCCAAUAUGGCCCCCGUGUUGGUCCAGCGCAUCUGCCACGUGGCCCGUUUAGUACGCACACCCGAUAGUUGGAUCGUGGCAUCCAACGAUGUCCACCACAGCAGGAUGGGAGCAGGGACGGUGACUUGCGCAGGAUUAUAGUGAAAGUAGACUUGCGCUGCAUCUACUACACUCUCCCACUCCCCUCACUGGACCCCCCGGCAAGACAGAGUCAAGAAGACCGCAGACGGGUGCACACCCGCACACAGAGAAUCACGCAAGUUGGGGAGAAAUAAGGAGAGAGAGAAAGAACUACCUCAGAUUGUAAAUGUAAUCAGUGAACAGGCGAAGGUGACCGUCGGGUGGAAUGAAAGAGAGAAUGCGCUGUUUGGGCACUCGAGAGUAGCGCAUGCACUUUGUCUCACAGAAUGUCACCUAUCUAAAGUUUGUGCGGUUCAAGGUUUUUAUGCUGUACAUACUCCCUGCUGAGGCAGCACAACCUCACCCCCCUCGAUCUCGCUCUCCAGUCCUUUCUCCUUUUCAGGCUACGAUGCAAUGGCCCUCGAAAUGUCCAAGCCACAUCUCCGUGCGGAGUUAGAAACCGACUUAAAAGCGUGCGUUUUCCCCCUCUGUGUUUUUUUUAUGCGUGAAUUCAUGAUGCCCCCUCCCCUAACUCCAUUCUUCUUUUACCUUAUUGUAGGAUCUGUGAAGGCCGCAAAACUAGAGAAGGUGCGUAAGAUCCCACAGUGUCGUUUUGUGUGUUCCAGUAUGCUAAAAGUGUUUGUUUAGUUCAACCACACCGCAUAUACAUAGUUCAGCAGUCUGGCUGAACUAGGUUUUUGGAGUACAGCAUGCAGUUUUCACCGUUUGAUCCCGCGAUGUCUCGAAAAGCAGGCAGCUUAUGGGACUCCUCUUGUAGUUUUCUUCUCUGUUAUAAUGACAGUUUUGCAUUAUUGAAGCGUCCCCUUGAUAUUGUCCAUAAUUUUCACGACUAGAAAAUAACUUACACCAUGACACGUGCUUUAGCGUAUUCUGUCACCUAGUUUGUCACGGAAAAUGAUCUACUUGUCUCAAUUACGGUCCACGCGAAAUGUCUGCGUACUAGAUGGUUGCCUUAUAAUUGUAGCAGAAACCCUACUCAGACUGCAUGUGUCGGAUUGCGAGUAGGAAGAAGCAGAAUAAGAAUCAACCAGUGCAACUCAGUAAAUAAUAUACCUUUUGCGGAAUCCGAGUGUCUGCGAUUCUAUCCCAUCUCCCAUCGUGCGUGUUGCGACAAGUCGAGUUUCUUAUUCCCCGUAAUACGUUGUGCGAAAUGUUGUGGGGAGUCGUUGUGAUUUGUAGUAGCCAAGUUUUGCUAUUGAAUAACCUUAAGUAGCAUUUCUUGCUUUCUCGUUUCUUCAACAUAAUCGUGUGCUAUUAAAGUGUAGCCACACCAAGGACUUUGUGAGACCAUAAACUAUGCAGAAUUUAAGUUUCUAUGAAGCUACCACAGUCAGUAUUUAAGGUUGAUACGUAUUCUACCGCCGCAGACAUGUAAGUGUUUGGCAACAGAGGGAUGUGUCUACUUUGGGUACCUUUGUGUAACCAUUUAUUCAUAAGUGUAAGUGAAGAAGAAGAGGGUUCGAGCACCGAACCAUUUUGUUUAUUGUCCCGACCUGCGGAACGAGCGACAGUUAUAAGGCAUGUAAGCCAAUCAUCGAUUGAGGGCACAAGACUGGAGGUAACUGCCCAGGGCUCUAUACGCCGGUGCCAGGUCGAUAAAUCGAUUGACUGAGUUCUCAUCCGAGGCCCAGGCUUCAAUCAAUUCUCGGCUUGUUUUGUUUCCGACGUGGACGACUACUUUGGUGGCUGCGAAGUUAAACUCGUGAUCCAUUUCGUAGGUGUGGUAGGCCACUUGUGAUAAUGCGUCGCCUCACCGAACAGCCAGCUUAUGUUCGUGUAUGCGCGAUUCAAGCAUGCAUCCAGUCUGGCCUGUGUAGUUACAAGAGCAGCUUUGACACGGGAUGCGAUACAGCACUCCAGAUUGCUCUUCAGGCUUUAACCGGUCUUUAUUUUUCACGGCCCUCUUGCGCAUGGUGGCUAUGGGGCGGAGUGCAACCCCAACACCUAGCUCAGCAGCAAUGCGCUCGGUCGCCUCUAAAACGCCCUCGAUGUAUGGCAGAGAAUGCCAUAUCGUCCGUGGUGUUUGGCAGAUGCAGGUAAUCCAUCUGAACAAAUUGUAAUAGACUCGGCGGCCUCGGUGGACUGGAAUCCACGACAACUUGACCAAAAUGUGAUUGUACUGACAGCCUCCGGUCGAGGUCUCAUAGCUGAGGUGAUGACUAUUUAUUGCUCCCCUGCCAACCGAUUAGACGUAUCUGUUUAUUAAGUCAGUUAACAUUUCCUCAUCUAGAAGUUCUGCGCUCUCAGACAGCCAAAUAUAAAGCAGUUUUCGAGACUGCUGUUGUGGAGGCCCGGAAGUUGGAUGUUGCCAUCGCAAACCGCCUCUCACAGGAAGCUGAAAACAUAUCUGGUAAGACACUUCAUCUAUGCCCUUUACUUACCUCCCCCUUUGCAGAUUUUCUCCGAAAAGUAGCUCUUUUAUCCCAUUAUUUAAUUCUGACCUCAGUAAGGCAAACGACAACACUGGUCAGUCGAUCAGGGAACGGCAUAAUCCGAAGGUUUAAACGCAUGUAUGGGUAUUUUGUUGGAGUUGAAGAACCCUGAGUCAGAAGAAGUGUCUUUUGAAAAUGAUAAUUAAAUGUGUAAAGAAUAAAUCCCAGGUGGAUCGGCGGUCCACUUUUCAGCAAAUCCGGUUUGUAAGUAGGUCUUGUUAGUUAUACUAUUGUAAAAAUCCCUCAGAGUCAACACUUAAUUAUGCGAAUUUGGCAAUCUCAGAAAAAAAUUACGAGGUCGUAAACGCAAAAUGGUUCGCAUAUAUUCAGGAUGAGUUACUCAGACGAUUCUCUACCACCAGCCGUCGGCAUCAAAAGAGGAUACUUGGCCGGACUCGUAAGGAUGUGGGAAUCUUAGGAAGAGGACGGCCCACCAAAACGUUUAUUGAACUACUGGCGUUCCGGAGAGCUUGUUCGUCCUACCAUUGUCAGGGCGUCCAAUGCAUAAAAUUGAACAAAAGUGCAACCGGUGUACGGACCCAGUCGGCCUUGGACUGUUCGCUUUUUGUCCGCUACGUCGACCUUUUCGCGCCUCAUUGGCGGGCCUCAGAGCUACCUGCGUUGUAAGUUAUCCCCUAGAUUGGGUGAUUGAGCCUCUGCGGGGGUUGCUCGGUCUGGUAACCUUUUUAUUCCUGUUGGGCAAUUUGUUUCUCUUGCCGUGUCUGUGCCGUUUUUCUUAUUCCCUAAUGACCCUCUUAUCCUGGUCUUUGUGUAUGCAAUGACGCAAGACCUUGUAAGCUGUAGGGAGGUCAUAAUGUCCAUUGAUAACGUUGGCAUCUAAAUACCAUGCCAUGGUUAUUAGUUGUUCUGUCCUCGAAUCGUCCCGGCCUAAGAUGGUUGCUCCCUGACCGGUUUCUCCAGUGUGCGUUCAAUAAACCCGUUUUGGCGAGCCCCUCCCCUUCUUCUAACUGUCACCCCAGAUCUCUCAAAUUUGCAACUGCGGAAAUUGUCAUUCUCACUUACACCUAAUGUAACCUUUUCGGUUCUCUCCCAUUUCAAAUUUUUUUCGUCUGACUUGAUAGACCCGGUCCCAGGCUUGCGCAUGCUUGAGGGCUACUCAAAGGUCUUUCAGUGCCCUUCAUGCAGCAAAGAUGUGAUUAUCCGCCAACGUAAAGCCGCAUCUGCAUCAACUGCCGAGCAAGAUACCACCCUUCUUAACCGUAAUGGGUGA